AAGCAAUAAAACUCUGGUAUUUUUUCUUUUCUUUUUUUUUUUAAUUUUUUUUUAAAAGGUGACUUCUAACAUUGAACUACAUGACAUUCAAAGUUUUCAUAAGCUUAAACUCUCUAUAUAAGUAACGCUCACAUCAUUUGCCAAAUGUGUACCUUUCUUUCUUUCUUAUAUAUAUAUUUACUCUUGAUCAACAUCAAUUAUCAUUGUGAUUAACUUUGAAAGAAAUUUUAUUAAUCUAAUUAAGUGAUGGCAAUGUCAGCGGUAGCAACUCUCCUCUUUCUUCUUGUUGCUUCUCCGGUGGCUUUUGCCGCUAACCACGUCGUUGGAGGGGAUGGGGGAUGGACUCAGUCCGGAGAUUACACCACUUGGGCUGCUGGUGAAACCUUCAACGUUGGUGACACCCUUGAGUUCAACUAUGGCGGAAGCCACGGAGUGGAUGUAAUAAGCAAAGAUGACUACGACAACUGCAACACCGGUAACGCCAUCAAGUCAUACAAUGAUGGAAAGACCACUAUCAAACUUUCCAAAGCUGGUCCAAUGUACUUUACUUGUCCUACUUUUGGUCAUUGUCAAGGUGGCAUGAAAUUGGCUAUCAAUGUCCAAGAUAGUUCCACCCCUUCUACUCCUUCAACUCCAACUACUCCAUCAACUCCUGCAACUACUCCUUCAACUCCUUCUGACUCACCCGCCACACCUACUACCCCUAGCGUUGGCAAUACACCCACGAAGUCUACACCAACAACGCCUAAUGGAGCAACAGGAGUUCUUGGCAACAUGAACAAGUUUGUAGUUGGAGUUUCAGUUGUAUUGGGAGCUUUGUUUGCGUUCAUGUGCUAGGCGAGAGGCAGUGCUUUAAUUUGCAUCAUUAUUAAUUUUAUUUCCUGUUAUUAUAUAUCCGGGUUAAUUCAGCUGUUAUUUUUGUUCCCUUUUUUAAUUAAUGUUCAUGAGCGCUAAUUUUGUGUGCAUAUUGUUGUAAGAAAUAAAGUUAUUUUUUCUUCA